AUGGAACCUGAAAGUGCGUCUAUACCGCAACUUGCGGAGACACAUCUUAAAAAAAGUAAUGUUAGUACUCCAGACUCGGCCUCUGUACCAGACGCCGAGACAGUAAAACACACUCAUAACACCAAUAAUUCCCAGAGUGAAGAGGUGAGCUCCAGUGAGUUACUGAAGGGCCUCUUCACAGAUGACUUCUGUCGCGUCUGUAGCGCGGUGCUGCUGUUCGAGUCGCAGAGAGUCUCGCAUUACGAGGGUAAGAAGCAUGCCCAGAAGGUGAGAUUAUACCUGCAGACCAAGAGAGAUGAAGGGAGGAUGAACUAUGACCUUACUGUUUUCCAGCAGAAGGAUGGAUCAGUGGACAGGGAGCGCUUCUGUGAGCUGUGCAACAUGGUGUUCAGCUCCCCAGUGGUGGCCAGGUCGCACUACGAGGGCAAGGUCCACGCCAAGAACCUCAAGAAACUAGGUCUGCACCCGGCCGCGUUCACACUGCAGCAGGCUGGUAACCCGGCCUCCCAGAGCUCUCCGGCGAAUCCCUCAGACUCCCUACAGGGCUCUGGCCCCCAAGAGGAGGGUGGAAAGGAGGUGGAGAAAGCAAAGGAGGAGGAGAAGGGGACCCAGGAGUCCCCGGCGCCACCCACAAAGGAAGUGGACCUCAGUGACCCCAACAAGCACUGCCGCAUGUGUGCAGCCUCCUUCAACAACCCGCAGGUGGCCAAGCAGCACUACAGCGGCCGCAAGCACCAGAGGAACCAGGCGCGCCUGCGUCUGCUGAAGGAGCUGGAGGAGGAUGGCCAGCCCGGCGCCCACCUCGCUUCGGGGACCUUCACCUGCCCGGUGUGUAACGUGACACUCAACUCUGUGGAGAUGUAUGAGGCCCACAUGCAAGGGAACAAGCACCAGCAGAAAGAGAUGAAGGUGGCCGACAUGAUCUGCAAGUCCCAGAGGAAAGUGUACGACUCCUUCCAGGAUGAGCUGGCCGACUACAUCCAAGUCCAGAAAGCGCGGGGACUCGAGCCCAAGACCCAGCACAUGGCAGGGGAGGGAGAGGAGGAGGAGGAGGAGGAGGAGGAAGAGGAAGAGGGGAAAUUAAAGGAAGGGGAGCCCUGUGGUGGCCCUGUGGGGACAGAGCAGGGAAAGAGUAUUCCCCCUCCUGCCUUCUACCCUCCAGCCCCCUGGUGCCCGCCAUUUCCGCCAUUCCCGCCACCUCCGCUCCACCCUGGUUUUCGACUCCAGAGUACGGAGGGCCCCUCCUGGGGUGGCGGCUUCGCACUGGUCCCCCCGCCUUUCCCCCCUGGCUGUGUCCCGCAGGGCUUUGGAAGCCAGCACCACAGCGGGGGAUGGGACAGUGGGCGUGGGCACGGGCACAGCCGCGGCCGGGAGAGGGUGCGGGACCGAGGGGGCAGCCGGGACCGGUCGAGCUCCGACGCCUCCUCUACCUCUAGCGACAGCAGCAGUAGCAGCAGCAGCAGUAGCAGAAGUAGCAGCAGCGACCACAGGAAGAGCAGGAGGAACGGGGAGGGGAGAAGGGAUGAAGGUCACAGGGUAAAGAGGAGGAGAGAGGAGGAGGGGGUGGAGCAGGAACAGGUGGGAGAGAGAUGCGAUAGGAACCGGGAGAAGGAUCAUUCACAGGAUGAAAGGAAAGACAAAGUCAAGGCAGAGAGGGGCCAAGCGAGGGAGGGGAAACCCAAACACAGGAAAGAGAAGAGAACGAAGGAAAGGACAGACAAAGAGGACACGCGGACGGAGGAGGAGAAGCUGUGGGACGAAUCCAUCCUGGGACUCCUCUGAGUAACCUGCAGCCCGGGGUCCGACCCCUUCCCCAACACAGCUAACCCGACAAACGCACUGUUAAAAUGGCAUUGCUUUCACUGCGAUCGCGCAGCAUAAACUCUGCAUAAGCUGAACCCAUUCCCUUUAAACGUACCGAGAUUUAGAAGGAUUUAAAAAAAACAGAGAUGGCAUUUAAGCUUGGCUGGAUGACUGGAGCAUACACAGGCUGCGGUGUCACAGUGCACUUGCCUGCGUGAAUUUAUCGAUUUCUUGGUUGCACAGAGAUCCAGUAGAAAGGUAGCACACUCUCAGAAUGGUAUCAUUCUAUAAUUAAAUGCUGAUACUUGAACCUGCCCUUUGAUAACUUUUUAGCCGCAGUGAGCCCGACUCAGUCAGUUCACAGGGGUCUCCUGCAGCAGAGAAAACCCGGACUGCAUUACAUAGCUCGGUAGCCUGCUUCCCACCACAUUCCCAUUGCUCAUGUCAACAAAGUCUUUCGAGGGUUCAAACAAAUUUGUCAGUUGUAUUUGUGUAAAUACUGACUGGCUGAUUAAUCAGCUUAAUUUGUACACUACGAUACAUUUCACUGUCCUGCAUCCUUGAGCUUGUCGGUGUCUCUGUGGGCUUCGGUGGACUAACAGGGGCAGUCAGUGGAACCGGUGUGUUUUGUCAUAGGUAUGCUUUUUAAAAAGAAUGUCAUUGUGAGAACUUUCUCAAUAUUUUAAGUUUUAAGUUUCAUCAGUUAUCCUUGUUACAGGGGUAGACAAAACUGUUUCUGGAGUGCCACAAUCCUCUAGAUGCAAUAUGUCUUAAAACAGUCAAAACGCGAGUACGCCAAGCACGUGAUUCCGUGCAUGCAGUGGGCCUGAUAGCUGCUUUGGUUACGUAUGUAAUGGUCCAGGUGGAACUAAAACCAUAUAGGCAUACAGAUAGUCCAGGGGAAGAGUUGCCUACCCCUGCUAUAGAGCAACAUUGAGAAGGUAUCUAAUUAGAGGGGGCUCAAGACACACACAUACGUACACACACACUUUGUUGGACAUA